AUGCUGCUAGCUGAGGCAUUAACCGAGCGAGCCGAGGCACAGCGCCGAUAUGAGCAGCUGAUGCAGCGGCUCCUGCGAGUCGUGCGAGUACAAGAGGGCGACGAGCCAGUAGAGGACCCGGAGGAGCUCCUCGUCUCCGCCAAUGGCAUUCUAGACAGAAUGGACUGGCUCAUCCGAUGCGUCAACAAGACCAACACACAAACCAUGUUUGAUGACAAGCACACACUUACAGAUGCGAUCGCAUUCCGAGACAUGGCGCUCAAGCGGCGGAAGCUGUAUUCCGACGUGGCAACAAAGGCGAGCACAUCGCAAGAUCGAUACACACGCAGUGAGAUCAAGUAUGUGAGUGUGAUUGAUGUGCGGAAGAUGCAAAAGCAGGUGGACAAGCUCGCAGGCGAGUACCGGACAUUGGACACGCGAAUCCAAAAGAUGAACUGGGAGGUGGAGUUGAUCGAGGAGUAG